UUCGUUAUGACAACUGAUGAAAGAAAACACAGUGGAACAUCACAAAGCAUGUGAGCUGAAAUAAAUGUAGUGUGUGCGGCAGUACAACGUAAUAGUUUAUGGAGGAGUGGUAAUAUAUGUUCCUGUUUGUUAAACUUCCACACACAAGGAUCCUUAUGGCAAGUGGGAUGGGCGGCCAUUGCUUCUAACCGCCUAUAAAAAGGAGUUUCGGACCUGUGGCGCUUAAAAAGGCAGGUCCACGGCAACAAUUUUACACUGAGAUCAUCUCUGCUCAUAUGGAGUUACAACAUUCAGGAGGCGAGGGAGACACGGGAGGUCUGGACAAGGUGAAGGCGCUGACGGAGAAGCUGAAGUUAGAGACUCGCAGACCAUCCUAUCUGGAGUGGCAGGAGCGGCUCCAGAGUGGACCGUGGAAGGGCAAACACCCACCCGAGUCUGACAACCAAACUGCGUUAAAACACAGCAAUCCACAAGUGAUCCCAAACAUCUGUGGCUUUGACACUCUUGAUGACGCCUUGCAGUUUCUCAGGAAAGAAUUGAGGGAAAUGCAAGUUCAGGACAACCAUCUGGCUCGUCAGCUGAUCCGCCUUCGUGGGGAGAUCCACAAGCUGAAAGUGGAGCAGGUGUGUGAGCGCCACAAGGAGAUGCUAGACAAUGCAACAUACGAGCUGGAGGAGUGUGACGAGGAGUCCGAUUUGCUGUGUGACAUCCCCAUGAAGGCCACCUUCGCUCUGUCCACACCACUGAAACACCUGGGCCUCACCAAGAUGAACAUCAACUCCAGACGUUUCUCACUAUGUUAAAGUUUUUUGUUCCAUUUCAUACCACCAAAUGUUGAGUCCAUAUUUACUCUUUGGGAGGUCUAAACUGUGUCAACAAAGGGAAGCAUGGGUGCAAGCUAUUUGCAAAAUACACAAUGGCGUGUCAUCCAUGGAAAGUACACACCAGCAUGCAAAAGCUAGCACAGAUGCACCACUACAUGAGGUACAUUUGCAAAGCAAGGGAUGUAUCAGACAUUAUAUUCCUCAUGCUGUGACCAGCGAAUGAAUACAUGUACUCUUUUGUCUAGUUGAAUUUAAAAUGGAGGUGCUAGUACGAUCAUUUUGAGUACCAUUUAUUUGCUCAUAAAUUACACUAAAUGUUUUAUGUGAGCUUUUGGCCACAUUCCCACAUUAAUGUGUUUCACUCAUGUCACUUAGCAGCAUUUUGACACCUCUUUACCAACCCAAAGCAACCAUGUCCUCCCCACCACAGUGAUCACAGACAGGAGGCGGGUCUUAUUGUGUUUUUUCCAUGACAACACACACACACACACACAUACACACUGCUAAGUGCCUAUUUUAAGCUUUGUGUCUGCAAAGAGAACAAAAUAUGUUCCUUAUCUUUGCCACAAAUGACCAAUAGCUUUAAUGAAGUGAAGAGUUACAUAUUUUCUUGUGAGGCAAUGCAUGGUUGUUCAUACAAAAGGAUCUAAAUUGCAAAUAAGGAUGUACAUUUUAAUUGCAAGUCAAUAUUAAAGACACCAAAACAGAUUUUAAAAGUCUGCAUGUUUUAUUAUGCUCUCAUUUGACCUUUUGAUACAAUAGAGAUCACUAUGAAUGUGGUUAAAAUUUUAUCAGGCGUAAAAUAAUGGCAAUACUGGUAUUUUACUAUUUGUUUGGCAUUGUUGCCAGGCAACCACUUUGAACUAAAGCACUUAUCCGGUUAGCUUGGCUUGCUGGCUGCUGUCAGUACUUGCCACUCGUUUAUUUGAAAGAAUCUGUCAAGUUCAAGUCUGUUCUGAUCAUCUGUUUCUGAAAUGUAGACAGGAAAAGCACCAAAAUAGUUUAAAACUCAAAAGUAUCAACAGCAGACCGAACUAAAACAAACAUUGUGGUUGUGCCCUUUUCUCGGGACAAAUAUUCCCACAGACACACGCCAACAUCUUGUAGAAAAUCAUCCCAGUGGAGUGGAAGCUUAUCUGGUCUGAAAGGGGAACUGUGACCUACUACUUUUGUCCAUACACUGUAUCAUGUACCCAUGCUUUUGAAGUCACUCGACACCAUCCCAGUGUAACAUCCCAACAUGUGAAGAGUAGAAGUACAGAUAUUGCUACACACAAUUAUUGGUACAAGAAAUCUUGGCAGAGUGUAGUCUCUGUGUGAAAGAGAGCACGACUCUAGGACUGUUGCCAACGUGGCAUACAUCAGGACAUGGAUGACCUCGUGUGUGCCUUGGAACCUCUACAGUGGAAAUGAAUAUCAUAUAGAAAAUGGAUAGAGGUCGCGGUAUUGUACCCUGUGGCUUUGUUUGUCAUUGAGUUUCUUUACAAUAAAGUGCUGCUUACUUAGGUUUCUCUCGCCACUCUGCUCUGCCCUGCAGCUU